GCCCCACGGCCUGCCUCUCGGCCCCUGUGGAGCCGCAGCCACUUUGGCCCAAGGCAGGUCCGACCUCUGCUCCGGGUCCAGUCCCGCACGCGAGCUCGCUGUGUGCGUCGGGCCGUCUGCUGCCCCCCACCGAGCCAUGGGCGAGGAGGAGGUUGCCGCCCUGGUCGUGGACAACGGCAGCGGCAUGUGCAAGGCCGGCUUCGCCGGCGACGACGCGCCGCGCGCUGUGUUCCCCUCCAUUGUCGGCCGCCCGAAGAUGCCAGGAAUCAUGGUCGGCAUGGACCAGAAGGACAGCUACGUGGGCGACGAGGCCCAGAGCAAGCGCGGCGUCCUCACCCUGAAGUACCCCAUCGAGCACGGCAUCGUGACCAACUGGGACGACAUGGAGAAGAUCUGGCACCACACCUUCUACAACGAGCUCCGCGUGGCUCCAGAGGAGCACCCGGUGCUCCUCACGGAGGCGCCCCUGAACCCGAAGGCGAAUCGCGAGCGCAUGACGCAGAUCAUGUUCGAGACUUUCAACGUGCCAGCGAUGUACGUCGCAAUCCAGGCAGUGCUCUCGCUGUACGCCUCCGGCCGCACCACUGGGAUCGUCAUGGAUUCCGGCGACGGCGUGUCGCACACCGUGCCCAUCUACGAGGGCUACGCGCUGCCGCAUGCGAUCCUGCGCCUGGAUCUGGCGGGGCGGGACCUCACGGAGUACUUGAUGAAGAUCCUUACCGAGCGUGGCUACUCGUUCACCACCACGGCUGAGCGAGAGAUCGUGCGCGACGUCAAGGAGAAGCUCUGCUACAUCGCGCUCGACUUCGACACUGAGAUGAAGGCCGCCACGGAGAGCUCCGAUAAGGAGAAGACGUACGAGCUUCCCGACGGAAACAUCAUCACCGUGGGCAGCGAGCGCUUCCGCUGCCCCGAGGUCCUCUUCCAGCCCAGCUUCGUGGGCAAGGAAGCCAGCGGCAUCCACGACACGACGUUCCAGUCGAUCAUGAAGUGCGAUGUCGAUAUCCGCAAGGACUUGUAUGCCAACGUGGUGCUGUCCGGUGGCACCACGAUGUUCCCAGGCAUCGGCGAGCGUAUGACCAAGGAGCUGACAGCAUUGGCGCCAUCCACAAUGAAGAUCAAGGUCGUGGCUCCGCCAGAACGCAAGUACUCAGUGUGGAUCGGUGGGUCCAUCCUUUCCUCGCUGAGCACCUUCCAGCAGAUGUGGAUCUCCAAGGGUGAAUAUGACGAGUCGGGCCCUACAAUCGUGCACAGGAAGUGCUUCUGAGGGUUUGCCCUCAAGUGAUUUUGGGAGCCAGCCACGCUAGAAUCGUCAGACGUGUUGGAUGGAGGUUGUUCGCUUGCCUUACGCUCCAAGGUUCACGGCUGGCGCUGAUAGCGUGAAUUCGUAGUGGUUGCACUGGCGGCUGAAGUGUGCCAAGACAGCUGCUGAGGCCUCUGGCCUUCAGAGCUGUUUUUCCAGCUGCGCUUGUGCGGGCCAUGUCUUUUGCUUGCAGGUCGGCAGGCGCUCCUUGUGACAGUCUGCGCCUGGGAGGCACCGCCUGCACGGCACCCGAACGGCACGCCAUCUCGGCGGAGAGACGAAGGUCGACGCUUCGCGAGGGUCCAUAGCAACAAUUGAAAGCGCG